CCAGAGACAACUAUAUUAGAAGGCCGGCGGCCACGGAGCAGGCAGCCGGAUGCGGUCACCAUAGUGACCGGGGAAGCGGAAGAGGAAGGAGCAAGCUCUGGGGGCUGUGAGGUGGCAGCUGCGGCAGUAGCGGAGCCGGCAAGUCUCCGGAACUUGGGGUUCUGGUUCGUUCGUGUCUUGCUCGGGGGAGUCGGGCUUUGUCAUCCUCUAGAACAGCAUCAGGUCCUCUCCCUUGUCUGCUGGGGAUCUCCCUUCCUUGGGGGGUGUGGAAAUUAGACUGCUCCCUCCCCCCCCCCCCCAUCCCCUGUCCGGGUCCUUAACUAAUCCGAGGCCAAGCUCUCCUCGGGUCUGUGGGUCUGGAGGCCAACCCCCUUCACUUCGGACUCCCUGGGAGGAGGUUUUCUGUCUUCGCCGAAGCCUCUGUUCUGCCUUAGGACUCUCCCUGUCAGGAUCCCCUUCCCUUCGCCUCCUUUCCUCUCCCCUCUUAAAAGAAAGAAAGAACUCCGCAACUAGGCUACUUUUGCCUCUGGCGCUCCUUGAAAGAAUAGGUUUUAAGCUCUAUCCUGGGACAAACCCAGACAGGUCUUUGUCUCUUCUGUGUAGCCUUGAGAUUUAUCAUUGGCUUCUUGGGAAGUAGAACUAAGUUUUCCUUACUUUUGGUGAGUGUACAUCUAAAAUAGGCUUCCCCUUCCAGGAACAUUUAGCAAUCCCUUCACCUCCUUUGUUUGCUUUGGUGUUUUACAGUCUUUCUUGGAUUCUUUGGUCUAAAGCUGGAAAGGAAACCAUCCAUUCCAACCCUCUCAUUUUACCAAUGACAAAACAGGCUCAAGGAGGGGAACACUGCGAUUAAGUAGCAAAAUCUCUAUAUAUAGGUAGACCGAUAAAGGAGCAAGUGAUGCAAGGACUACUGGAAGCUGGCUUUUCUGUUUCCCUCAAAGAGGAUCUAGGGGAAACUAUUCUCUGCUUCUUGCCUUAAGAUACCCCAAAUUCCAGGGAAAUGCCAUCACUCACUGGACUUUUUUGAGAUGGUGCUCCCUCAGCAAGCUUGCCUACCUCACUCUAGUACCUGUUCUCAAAUGUAGACUAUUAGGAGAUAGCUCUUAGCUACUCUUAAUUCGUGGACUACUUUAAGCUACCCUUUCUUUCUCCAUAUCACAUUCUUUCUGGUAUCAGAUCUGAGCAGUUCAGCAAAGUGAGAAUUCUAGGGUAUGGCUGAUCUAGAAUCUAGAACUAUGCACAGUAGGCAGAUCUGGGUCCAGGCUAAAGUUAGCUCCUGUGGUUGGUAGCUCUUGUUUUGAGGUGCCAUGAAUCUCACCUCUUAUCCUUCUUUCAUGUGUUACAGCCACAGCUUGCCCAAGAUCAAAUUUUUGGGGUUUUGUGGCCUUUACUCCUCCUUUCUAUCAGACCCAGGAAUUUAGUCUUUUAUGUUUUUUGUUUUUUUUAAUCUUCUCAUCCUGUGAUCCCAGAAGUGAAGCCUUGUUGAGCUAACUGCAGGCUUAAUUGCUUCUAGUUCAGGAGUUAGGACAGACUAGGCUUGGGGGAACUCUUUUGGAAUCUACUUUUCUGUCUUGAACUUCCUUGGGAAAUGCUGGACCUGGAAGCACACCUACUCUGCUGUGCUGUAUACCAUUUUGACUUCCUUAUUUAAAGCUUUAAGUUUGCCACUGCUCUAGGCUAUAUAUCCUUUAGCCAAGUUGAUCCCUGACACUGUGCCCCUUGUUGGGGGUAGGCAUCAGUGUCCCAAGAUAUACCAUCAUGAGACUGGGCUCCCUUCUGGCUUUGCUGCGACCAGCACUACCCCUCAUCCUAGGACUGUCCUUGGGAUGCAGUUUGAGCCUCUUGAGGGUCUCCUGGAUCCAGGGUGAGGGUGAUGACCCCUGUGUGGAGGCUUUAGGGGAACUUGGAGGGUCACGGAAGCUGGACUCAAGGAUCCAUCUUGGCCAGAGUGAUGAAGACUUCAAGCCCCGGAUUGUGCCAUACUACAGGGAUCCCAAUAAGCCAUACAAGAAGGUACUCAGGACACGGUAUAUCCAGACGGAACUGGGCUCUCGUGAACGGCUUCUGGUGGCUGUCCUGACCUCCCGGGCCACACUAUCCACAUUAGCAGUGGCUGUGAACCGCACCGUGGCCCACCAUUUUCCUCGGCUACUGUAUUUCACAGGGCAGCGAGGUGCCAGGGCACCAGCGGGGAUGCAAGUAGUGUCACAUGGGGAUGAGCGCCCAGCUUGGCUCAUGUCAGAGACCCUUCGCCACCUUCACACUCACUUUGGCGCUGACUAUGACUGGUUUUUCGUGAUGCAGGAUGAUACCUAUGUCCAGGCCCCUCGCCUGGCUGCACUUGCUGGCCACCUUAGUAUUAACCAGGACUUGUACUUGGGUCGGGCUGAGGAGUUCAUUGGUGCAGGGGAGCAGGCCCGAUACUGUCACGGUGGGUUUGGCUACCUCCUUUCCAGGAGCCUUCUGCUCCGGCUUCGGCCCCACCUGGAUGGCUGCCGAGGAGACAUCCUCAGUGCCCGUCCUGACGAGUGGCUUGGGCGCUGCCUGAUUGACUCCUUGGGCAUCGGCUGUGUCUCUCAGCACCAGGGGCAGCAGUACCGAUCUUUUGAGUUGGCUAAAAACAGGGACCCUGAGAAGGAGGGAAGCUCUGCAUUCCUCAGUGCUUUUGCUGUGCACCCUGUCUCCGAUGGGACACUCAUGUAUCGGCUUCACAAACGCUUCAGUGCCCUAGAGCUGGAUCGGGCCUACAGUGAGAUAGAGCAGCUGCAGGCACAGAUCCGAAACCUGACAGUGCUGACCCCAGAGGGAGAAGCAGGCUUGAGCUGGCCAGUGGGGCUCCCUGCCCCUUUCACUCCUCGGUCCCGUUUUGAGGUGCUAGGCUGGGAUUAUUUCACAGAGCAGCACAUCUUCUCCUGUACAGAUGGGGCCCCCAAAUGUCCACUCCGGGGGGCCAGCAGGGCAGAUGUGGGGGAUGCUGUGGAGACAGCUCUGGAGCAGUUGAAUAGGCGCUAUCAGCCCCGUCUACGCUUCCGCAAACAGCGGCUCCUCAAUGGUUACCGACGCUUUGACCCAGCCCGAGGCAUGGAGUACACGCUGGACCUUCUUUUGGAGGCUGUGACCCAGCGUGGGCACCGUCGAGCCCUAGCACGAAGAGUCAGUUUACUUCGGCCCCUGAGCCGCGUGGAAAUCUUACCUAUGCCUUAUGUCACUGAGGCCACAAGGGUACAGCUAGUGCUUCCACUGCUGCCUACAGAGGCCGCUGCUGCCCCUGCCUUCCUGGAGGCCUUUGCGGCUGGUGUCCUGGAGCCAAGGGAACAUGCUUUACUGACCCUUCUGCUGGUCUACGGGCCACGGGAGGGUGGUCGAGGGGCCCCAGACCCCUUUGCAGGGGUGAAGGCAUCUGCCACUGAGCUAGAGCGCAGGCAUCCUGGGACGCGACUGGCCUGGCUCGCUGUGCGAGCUGAGGCACCCUCCCAGGUGCGGCUCAUGGACGUCGUCUCAAAAAAGCACCCGGUAGAUACACUCUUCUUCCUGACUACUGUCUGGACGAGGCCGGGGCCUGAUGUUCUCAACCGUUGCCGCAUGAAUGCCAUCUCAGGCUGGCAGGCUUUCUUCCCUGUUCACUUCCAGGAGUUCAACCCUGUGUUGGCCCCAGUGAAGUCACCCCCGGGACCCCCUGGGGCUGGCCCUGAUCCACCCUCCCCUGCCGGUCCGGACCAGCCUCGGGGGGCCUCUGCUGGGGGCCGCUUUGAUCGGCAGGCCUCUUCGGAGGGCUGUUUCUACAAUGCUGACUACUUAGCAGCUCGAGCCCGGCUGGCCGGGGAACUGGCUGGACAGGAAGAAGAAGAAGCCCUUGAGGGGUUAGAGGUGCUAGAUGUUUUUCUACGAUUCUCAGGACUGCACCUUUUUCGUGCAGUUGAGCCGGGCCUGGUGCAGAGGUUCUCCCUUCGGGAUUGCAGCCCCCGGCUUAGUGAGGAGCUCUACCACCGCUGUAGGCUCAGUAAUCUGGAGGGACUGGGGAGCCGGGCUCAGCUCGCUAUGGCUCUCUUUGAACAAGAGCAGGCCAACAGUACCUAAUCUACUUCUCUGUACACUGGUACUUCCUCACCUUCCCUUUGCUGCCUUUGCCCCAGGAAGGGUGAGGCAAGAUGGACAUAGACAGAUGGAGAAAUUGUUACUGUAUUUUUUUUUAAAUGAGAAAAUGUUAUUAAAACUUUCUUCUGCCA